CGCGCAUCGCCAAUCGCGUAAGACCACGAUCGCAAUGGCGGCGUGGCUGGAUAAUUCGGUGUUAUCGGGCGGUUAGGUGUCGGUUUAGCGGUGCGAGCGGGUUAAUUUGCUUAUUUACAACGUUACUCGUCGUGAUCGGUGAGUCGACCUGUCCUCAGCCAUGUACAGUCUCUUGAUAUUGGCACUGUUGGAUAUAACUUUUGACGUGGUCGGAAGUGUUUCACAAUUAGAGAUCAACAAGCAUUUAGAACUCGGCAGGGAAUUCCUGGCGAAGGGCCAAUUGCAGGAUGCACUGUCACAUUACCAUGCAGCUGUUGAGGGAGAUCCGCAGAAUUACUUGACGUACUACAAGAGAGGCACGGUUUAUUUAGCCUUGGGUAAAGCCAAAUUCGCUCUCCUUGACUUUGACAAGGUUCUGGAAUUAAAGGAAGACUUUACAUCGGCACGACUUCAGCGCGGUUAUAUUUUACUUAAGCAAGCCCAGUUCGAUGAGGCUGAAACUGACCUUUUGGAUGUGCUGUCUGUAGAAGGAAAUAAUAUGGAUGCCUUGAAUGCCUUAGAUAAGUUAAGAUCAGCUAAGGAAGACAUGAAAAUAAUCGAUCUGCUGCUGUAUAAUGACGAUUAUGCAGCAGCCGUACAUCAAAUCACGCGAAUUAUCGAGGUAUGCCCGUGGUCCUCUAGUCUUAGGGAGCUCAGGGCGCAGAAUUACGUUGCCCUUGGGGAUUACAUGAGCGCCAUAUCCGAUAUACGCUCGACUACGAAAUUGUUAUCUGAUAAUACCGAGGGAUUCUUCAAGCUGUCGACGUGGCUGUACCGUCUUGGACAAGUCGACGAAGCGUUGAAGGAGAUUCGGGAAUGUUUGAAGCUUGAUCCGGACCAUAAGCAAUGCUUCCCAUUUUACAAGAAGAUCAGAAAGAUCAACAAGCUGCUGCAGGAUAUGGAGACUGCACUGGAGGAGUCAAAGGAUCACGACACGUGCAUCGAUCUGGCACAGCAUGUACUAAAGCAAGAGCCGAACGAGCAGAAAGUGCGGUUCACGGCCUUUCAUUAUCUCUGCAAGUGUUACACGGCGAAUCUUGAGCCGACCCUCGCGAUCGAAAAUUGCAAGCAAGCGUUGAAAAUUAUGAAGGAGCCUGGUGUCAUUUGUGACAGUGCGGAGGCGUAUCUUGCUGCGGAGAUGUUCGACGAUGCCAUCAGGGACUUCAAGGAAGCGUUAGAGAUAGAUCCAAACUUCCAAAGGGCGAAGCAGGGCAUGCAGAAGGCGCAGCAGCGCCAAAAGCUGUCGGAGUCGCGGGAUUACUACAAGAUCCUCGGCGUAUCGAGGAACGCGAAUAAACGCGACAUCAUCAAGGCAUAUCGGAAGGCGGCGCAGAAGUGGCAUCCGGACAAUUUCCAGGAGGGCGACGAGAAGAAGCGCGCGCAGAAGAAGUUCAUCGACAUCGCCGCUGCCAAAGAGGUCCUCACGGAUGACGAGAAGAGGGCGAAGUUCGAUCAGGGCGAGGAUCCCCUGGAUCCGGAGUCCGGGCGACACCAGCAAGGCUUCAACCCCUUCCAGGAAUUUCACCACUUCCAUGGCUCUCCCUUCCAAUUUAAAUUCCACUUUAAUUAGAUACACGGCAGAUCGUCAUCUUGUGAUAGGUCAAUUACCACUCUCAAAUUUUCAACGUUUCUCGUUGCUUCGCAUUUCGGUCGCGACAGUAUCAUCUUCACUUUACCCACUUAGCCUGAAUUUCAUUCCGCUACCUCGUCGGUGAAGAUCGCGCGUGUCGUUUAGCCUGUCGGACUCGGAGAACUGAACGUGAACCCGAUUCCUAUAGAUGGGAUCGGUGAACGCGGAGAGCCAGUGGCCGUCUCGCUACAUCGGACUCAACAAUGUGACUCGAAGACUGGAAACGGGAUUUUCUUUAACGAGAGAUCAAGUGAGAAGUCAAGUUUAACCCUGUAGUUUAUUCGCUGCAAGAGAAUCGCGAUACACGUGCAUGCAAACUGACCGAUGGAUAUAAUCUGUUUUGAUUCACGUUCGUCGUUCGUCGUGCAAUACCGUCGCACCGUCGAUCUACACACACUGAAACCUGGUGAAAUGUGAUCACGCCACAUUGUGUUGCAGUACAAACGAAAGGGGGACGUAUAGUGAUCAUCACACUGCCACUGAGGUUGCUUCAGCGGCUAUUCGUAUUAGCUUUUAGAGAACAUACGGAAACUAGAUUGUACAAUUCGAGACAUUAUCGCGCUUUAUCGGGUACGAAUACCAAGUUCAAUCGGUAUUUAUAUCGUUACUACUUUUUUGCGUGCGGUGUUCGUACUCGGUAACGUUCACGUAAUGUGUAGAAUAACAAUGCUGUGCGCUUGUCACGUUCGUGUGAAUGCGAGUUGGAACUUCAUGUAAAUAUUGUAUCUCUCUGAUAUUUGUUUAAAAAUAUAUUUGAGUAAUUUAUACAGACA